AUGGCAUUUUCAGAUUUGAAGCAGGGUCUAGGUGAACCCAUGCUUACACAUAAGCCAAGGCUGGAUCUCUUAAACAUUGGAGAAGCUAAGAUAUUGGUGGAAAUAGAGCUUGAUGAGAUUUUUUCCAAACAGAUUGUUUUGGACGACAAGCUUGGUAACAUAUUUUUAGUUGAUGUGAUAUACUCUUGGAUUCCAUCAACUUGUGAAAGAUGUACAUCAUCUACUCACACUUCUUUACCAGUUAUGGACGAUGUUCCAUCAGAAAUUAUCAUAAAUGAGGGUACAAUACUCUCAGAACAUGAUCCUUUAGAAAUGACCCCUCUUCCAGCAGAGUCAAUCCAAAAAGAAAUAAGAAAUCCUAUUUCUUAG